GCAGUAGAUUUGCCGUGCCGGCACAGAGCCCCAGCGAUAACCCUGGUGGUAAAAUAAAAUAAAAUAAAAUAAAAUAAAAUAAAAUAAAAUAAAAUAAAAUAAAAUAAAAAAGAUAAAAUAAUAAAAUAAAGACGGCGAGGAUUCUCCGUGACCAUGGCGCAUUUACAGCUUCUCACUAGCGGCCGCUCAUCCGGCGCUGGCGGGGGGAGGCUGCAGCGGCAGCGCCCGCCCGGUUCCGCCCUCCAGGCCCGGGGCGGGGACAGCAGCGAGCCCGGCGCCCGCCGCCCGGAGACCCGCGGCCAGAGCGACAUGGCGCGGCGCGGCCACCGCCUGCUGCUGGAGAACGCGCGCCAGGUGGUGCUGGUGUGCGCCCGCGGCGAGCGCUUCCUGGUGCGCGAGCAGCUCCGCGGCCUGGCGGUGCUGGAGGGGGCCAGCCUGGUGGUGGGCGCGGAUGGACUUAUAAAAGCCAUUGGUCCUGCCAGUGCAAUCCAAAGACAGUUUUCUGGAGACACUUUCGAAGAAAGAAUUGACUGCUCUGGGAAAUGCGUCUUGCCAGGUUUGGUGGAUGCGCACACACAUCCAGUGUGGGCUGGCGAAAGAGUUCACGAGUUUGCAAUGAAGUUGGCAGGAGCCACCUACAUGCAGAUUCACCAGGCUGGAGGAGGGAUCAACUUCACGGUGGAGUGCACGCGCCAGGCCUCCGAGGAGGAGCUGUUCCUCUCGCUCCGGCAGCGGCUGAGCUGCAUGCUGAGCGCCGGCACCACGCUGGUGGAGUGCAAGAGCGGGUACGGCCUGGACCUGCAGACCGAGCUCAAGAUGCUGCGGGUGAUCGAGCGCGCGCGGCGGGAGCUGGACAUCGGCAUCUCGGCCACGUACUGCGGGGCGCACGCAGUGCCAAAAGGGAAAACCGCUGCUGAAGCUGCUGAUGACAUCGUCAACAACCACCUCCCAGAGCUGCAGGAGCUGGGCAGGAGAGGAGAGCUGUACGUGGACAACGUAGACGUCUUCUGUGAGAAGGGCGUCUUCGAUCUGGAUGCCACCAGAAGGAUUCUUCAGGUUGGCAAAGAUACCGGACUGCAGAUUAAUUUCCAUGGGGAUGAACUCCACCCCAUGAAAGCUGCUGAGCUCGGGGCUGAACUGGGAGCACGUGCCAUCAGCCACCUGGAAGAAGUGAGUGAUGAAGGGAUUGCUGCCAUGGCAACGGCCAAGUGCUCUGCUGUCCUUCUGCCCACCACGGCCUACAUGCUGAGGCUGAAGCAACCUCGAGCCAGGAAGAUGUUAGAUGAAGGUGUAAUCGUUUCUCUGGGCAGUGAUUUUAACCCUAAUGCCUAUUGCUUUUCAAUGCCAAUGGUGAUGCAUUUGGCCUGUGUAAACAUGAGGAUGUCCAUGCCUGAGGCACUGGCUGCUGCCACCAUCAAUGCAGCAUAUGCACUGGGGAAAUCGCACACACACGGGUCUUUGGAAGUCGGCAAACAGGGAGAUCUCAUUAUCAUCAGUUCACCCAGGUGGGAGCAUUUGAUCUACCAGUUUGGAGCGCAUCAUCAAUUAAUUGAACAUGUUAUAACUAAAGGAAAAGUUGUCUAUAAAAAGUGACAGUUCUGGCAUUUGUAAACUGCAGUAAGUCAAUAGGAGCUGUCUUAAGAGUUACAGUCUCUUAGUGUACCAGAAUGAGGCCUCUAAGCCUAAAUAAGUGUUAAUCCCCUUGAAAAUCCCAAGACUGACUAGUCUAAACAUGUUGCACCUGCAGAUGUCAACAGAGAAGCUCAGUUGUGGUGACAGUACUCCAAGAGUGACUCCUUUUCUACAGAUUUGUUACAGAAACUGAAGAUUAGUGCAAUGUAGUGUCGCCAAAGUGCCUUUGUGGGGAAGAGCAGAUUGGCAAUUGAAUAGACCUGGCUUGAAAUUCUCACUUUAUAUCUGCUUUUCAAAUUUCAGUCUUUAAAUAACAUUGUGGGGGGGGGGGGAAGGACUGUGUGUGGGUGGACAAUCCAUGUGCUACAACCCAAAUUAAAUCAAAAUAUAGUCUUCUGGGAGUCAGGUGGUAAUGCAAUGGGUUAAGCAUAUGUGGCGCAAAGCACAAGGACCGGCAGAAAGAUCCCGGUUCGAGCCCCCGGCUCCCCACCUACAGGGGAGUCGCUUCACAAGCGGUGAAGCAGGUCUGCAGGUGUCUGUCUUUCUCUCCCCCUCUCUGUCUUCCCCUCCUCUCUCCAUUUCUCUCUGUCCUGUCCAACAAUGACUACAUCAAUAGUAACAACAAUAAUAACUACAACAAUAAAAAAAUAAGGCAACAAAAAGGGAAAAAAUAUAUAUAUAGGCUUCUGUUAUAAGCAAAUAACUUUUCAUUUCCCCAUGUGGUUUGUCUUUCUCAAUGUCAUUGGAAGGCACCAAUGUCAAAUCUCUCUUUAGUCCUAAGCACCGAGCUCAUAGCAGAAUUCCAAGAUUCAUUAUUUCAGUCAUGGGUACAAAGGCCUUUUUGCAAUGAAUUUUCCACCAAAUCCAGUAAUGUAUUCUUGAGAAAUUGCUUUUGUGUUUUGAUCCUCCACUUUACAAGUGUAUGAAAAAUAUAGAGAUUUCAAUAAAUAUUUGCUCUCAUUAU